AUGGCGAAAGCAAGAGACCAAAACGAAGGAGAAGAAGACGAAGCAGCAGAAGAAGAAGGAAAUAGCUCGUCAUGUCAACCCAAAAUAAAGAAACUCUCCAAAAGAAAGAAGAAAGAAUUGGGAAUUUCAUGUAUGUUGAACACCGAAGUUGGAGCAGUUAUAGCAGUGAUGCGUCGAAGCAACGAUCCAUAUUCUCAAUUCAUCUCUCCCAACGAAGAGAUCUACGAUUCAACUCUGUUAUAUUCUUUGAAAUCUUUGCGUUCUCUCAUCUUCAAUCCUCAACGAGAAUGGAGGAUAGUUGACCCAUCUAUCUAUCUCUCACCCUUCCUCGAUGUGAUUCAGAGCGACGAAAUUCCAGCCGCCGCAACAGGGGUUGCACUUUCUGCAAUCUUGAAGAUACUCAAGCUUGAAAUUUUUGAUGAAGAGACGCCUGGUGCGAAAGAAGCCAUUAAUUCUAUCAUCACUGGUAUCACAAAUUGUCGACUUGAAAUGACAGAUUCUACUUCUGAAGAUGCUGUGUUAAUGAGGGUUUUGCAGGUAUUGGCUGGGAUAGUGAAGAAUCGUGCUUCUAUCUUGCUUAGUGAUCAUUCUGUAUGUACCAUUGUCAAUACUUGUUUCCAAAUUGUUCAAAAAUCGGCUAGCAGAGGGGAUUUGCUCCAAAGGAAUGCUAGGCAUACUAUGCAUGAAUUGAUUCAGACAAUAUUUGCUCGGUUGCCGGAGAUUGAGGAUCGGGAUAGAGAGAGUACAGAUACAGGGUUUGAUGAUGCUGAGAAUGGUGGUAAUUUGGAUUCUGGGUAUAGUGCUCAUUGUGCGGUUGAUAUCUUUCAGUUCUUGUGCUCUUUGCUUAAUGUAGUGGAGAUUACAGAGACUGAUGGGUCCACUACCCCGAAUUCUGAUGAAGAUGUUCAAUUAUUUGCGCUUGUAUUGAUAAAUUCUGCAAUAGAAUUGAGUGGAGAUGGAAUUGCCAACCACACAAAGCUUCUAAAAUUGAUCCAAGAUGAGCUCUUUUAUCAUUUAAUCUACUAUGGAACUCGUUCUAGUCCAUUGGUAUUAUCCAUGAUUUGCAGUACUGUUCUCAAUAUAUAUCACUUUCUUCGUAGGUCUAUCAGGCUUCAACUUGAAGCUUUCUUCACAUUUGUGUUGUUCAAAGUUGCUUCAUGGGGAAGCUUUCCUCAGCUUCAAGAAGUCGCACUCGAAGGAAUAAUUAGUUUCUGCAGACAGCCUACUUUCAUUAUUGAAAUGUAUGUGAAUUAUGAUUGUGAUCCACUUUGUCGAAACAUUUUUGAAGACAUUGGAAGGUUGCUCUGCAAGAUUGCUUUCCCAUUGAGCAGCCCUUUGACAAGUUUGCAGAUCCAAGCGUUUCAAGGUUUAGUUGUUAUUGUUCACACCCUUGCUGACAAUGUUGAGGAUGAGAAUGGUUCAAGUUCUAUAGGGCCGUAUCCCCUUGCAAUUACUGAGUAUAAACCUUUUUGGUUAGAGAAAUGUGACAACGGUUAUGAUUUGGAUUCAUGGAUUGAGUUUGUCAGGUUAAGGAAAGCACAGAAGAAGAAGAUAUUGAUUGCUGCUAACCAUUUCAACCGAGAUGAAAAGAAGGGACUGGAGUACCUGAAGAUCGCAAAUCUAGUACCGGAUCCUCCAGAGCCAAAAGCCUUGGCAUACUUCUAUCGCUACACUCCUGGCUUAGACAAGAUUGCAAUCGGAGAUUAUCUAGGCGACCCUGGUGAGUUGCACAUUCAAGUCCUCAAAGAAUUCACUGAAACAUUUGAUUUCUCAGGUAUGAUUCUUGAUACUGCCUUGCGAACUUUUCUCGAGACCUUUCGACUGCCAGGAGAAUCUCAAAAGAUUCAUAGGAUCCUCGAAGCAUUUUCAGAAAAAUUCUAUGAUCAACAAUCCUCAGAAAUCUUUGUCAGCAAGGAUGCUGUGUUCAUCCUCUGUUAUUCUCUCAUCAUGCUUAACACGGACCAACACAAUCCACAGGUGAAGAAAAAAAUGACAGAGGAGGAGUUUAUAAGGAACAACAGAGCAAUUAAUGGAGGAAAAGAUCUUCCAAGAGAAUACCUUUCUGAUCUCUUCCAAUCAAUUGCAAAUAAUGCAAUCACAUUAUUUGGCCAAUCAGGCUCAUCUUUAGAGAUGGAUCAACGCCGAUGGAUAGAGCUGAUUAAUAAAACAAAAGUCAUGGAACCCUUCAUUCUUUGCGAUUUUGAAUGCCAUCUUGCAAGAGAUAUGUUUGCUUCCAUUGCUGGAACUUCUGUUGCAACCCUUGCUGCAAUUUUUGAGCACAGCGAUGAAGAUGAUAUCCUCCACGAAUGUGUUGAAGGGAUGUUUUUGGUUGCAAAGAUUUGUCAAUUUGGACUAGAAGAUACACUUGAUGAGCUCAUUGCCUCCUUCUGCAAGUUUACUACACUAUUAAAUCCUUAUGCCUCAGCAGAGGAGACCCUUUAUGCCUUCAGUAAUGAUUUAAAGCCAAGAAUGGCAACUCUUGCAGCCUUCACCAUUGGAAACAAAUUUGGGAAAUCAAUUCGAGGAGGAUGGAGGACUAUUGUGGAUUGCUUAUUGAAGCUCAAGAGGCUUAAAUUACUUCCCCAGUCAGUUAUCGAGCCAAAUAUGGCUUCUACCUCAUCAACCGACCUUCCAAUGCACUCCAAGUCAGAAUCAGGAGUUAUCUUCCCAUCUUUAGAGCAUGUGUCUGGUAAUAAUCGUCAAAGUUCUGGUAUGAUUGGACGAUUCUCGCAAUUCCUAUCACUAGAUAGUAGUGAAGACUCAUUGGUCCAGUCAGGGGGUGAAUUUGAACAUAAUCUUAAGAUAAUUCAACAAUGUCGAAUAAGCAACAUCUUUAACAAUAGCACAAACUUGCCAGAAGAAUCAUUACUGAAUCUCGGACGCUCCUUGAUAUUUGCAGCUGCUGGAAAAGGUCAAAAGUUUAGCACCCCAGUUGAAGAAGAGGAAACUGUUGGAUUUUGUUGGGAUUUGAUCAUCACUAUUACUCUAGCAAACAUUCACAGGUUCUCAACCUUUUGGCCUAUUUUCCAUGAUUACCUACUUUUGGUUGCUCAGUUCCCUCUCUUCUCGCCUUGCCCAUUUUCAGAGAAGGCCAUUGUUGGUAUGUUCAAGGUCUGCCUUAAGCUUCUCGGUUCAUACCAAUCCGAGAAAAUAUCUGAGGAGCUAAUCUUCAAGUCCAUAACCUUGAUGUGGAAGCUUGAUAAAGAAAUCCUUGAUUCAUGUUGUGAGAGCAUAGUACAAGCUCUUGGGAAGAUUCUUACUGAGUACCCUGCAAAUUUGCAAACACAGACUGGAUGGAAAUCUGUCCUCCAUUUGCUGUCAGUUGCAGGUCGACACCCUGAAACCUAUGAGCAAGGAGUUGAGGCUUUGAUCAUGUUGAUGUCAGAUGGUACACAUGUCUCACGAAUGAACUAUGGAUACUGUAUCGAUUGUGCAUUUGGAUAUGCUGCGCUAAAGAUCAUUCCCCUGGAUAAGAGUUGGCAAUUAAUAGAUCUAAUGGCAGAGUCGACAAGCCUGUUAGUUCAAUGGUUCAAAAAUGGAUACUCCGAUCCUGGGAACUACAUGAGUAACACAAGUAACUCCUCUAUUGAGGAUGGAUCAAAGCAAUUUAAUUCCUCCAACUUCACAACCAACUUAUUUGUCAAGCUCGCAGAUGCCCUUAGAAAAUCUAGCCUAGUUCGACGAGAGGAGAUAAGAAAUCGUGCCGUGUCCGCCCUACAACGAAGCUUCACACUGGCAGAUGAACUAGGUUUCACAUCUUCUAAUUGUAUUAAUAUUUUUAACCUUGUGAUAUUUGCAAUGGUUGAUGAUUUACAUGAAAAGACGGUUGAGUAUUCAAGGAGGGAAAAUGCUGAGAGGGAGAUGAGAAGCAUGGAGGGGACAUUUACUAUGGCAAUGGAACUUUUGACAGAAGUGUUCUUGCAAUUCUUAGUACCAUUGUCACAGAAUUCCGGGUUCAGGACAUUUUGGUUAGGAGUUUUGAGAAGGAUGGAUACAUGUAUGAAAGUCAAUUUGGGUGACAAUAACCAAUCAAGAUUGCAAGAGUUAGUGCCAGUAUUGUUGAAGAAGUUGAUCUUAGAGAUGAAGGAGAAAGAGAUUUUGGUACAAAAGGAAGGUGAUGAUUUAUGGGAAAUUACCUAUGUUCAGAUACAAUGGACUGUUCCUUCAUUGAAGGAGGAACUGUUUCCUGAGGAAGAGUAGUAGA